AUGACCCGCUGGGCCCGGCGGAACGCCCCGCCCGAGGCCCGGGCUCUGCCCGCCACCCCCUGGGAGCAGCUGAGCAACGAGCCGGAGCCGCCCCGGGCGGCCAGGAGGGCCAGGAGGAGGAAAAAGGAGUACGAGAACCAGGACGUGAACGGGUUCGGAGAGCGGCACAAGGACCGGGAGCAGGAGGAGGAGGAGGCGCGGAGGAAGGACAGGCGGAGGGAGAGCAGGAGGCUGAGGAGGCAGGAGAGGAAGAAGAACGCCAUGGUGUGCUUCCACUGCAGAGAACCUGGCCAUGGUGUGGCAGAUUGUCCUGCAGUGCUGGAGAGCCAAGACAUGGGGACGGGGAUCUGCUACCGCUGUGGAUCCACGGAGCACGACCUCAGCAAAUGCAGGGCCAAGGUGGACCCGGCUGCUGGGCCGUUUCCAUAUGCAAAAUGUUUCAUCUGUGGUGAGAUGGGGCAUCUGUCAAGGUCGUGUCCGGAUAAUCCCAAGGGGUUGUAUGCUGGAGGUGGGGGCUGCAAACUUUGUGGCUCUGUGGAGCACUUCAAGAAAGACUGCCCAGAGAAGCAGAAUGCAGAGCAGGUGACAGUCGGGCGCUGGACCCCCGGCCUGAGCGCUGACCACGAGGACGUCGCGGCCGCGCCGGCGCUGCAGAGGGCUCAGCCCAAACGACCCAAAGUUGUCACUUUCUGAAGGCCUCCUGGCUCCCAAACAGUUCUCCUGCACUGCUGCACUCCAGAGAGGAUCCAGAAGAUCACGCAGCCUGCGGAGGAAUUGUUGGUUUUUUGUCUCCCCUCAUUUUCCCAGUUCGCCUCCCAAAGCUGCCUGGCUCACUGUGAGGCUGGGAACAACAGGAACACAGCAAGUGGCUGUUUCAUUAAAGGAAUUGUGGGUGUUCUUUAAAGAAUCUUCUCAGAUUCCAGUUUGGUUUUGCAUUUUUCUUUCAGGAAUAAUGCACUUGUUCCUCCUUAUGUUCCAGCUUGAGCAGCCUGGUGGUGAAGUUACAGAUCAGCCCUGAGGGCUGCCGAGCUUGGGCUGCAGCUGCUGGUGGUUGUGGUUGUUAUUCUCAGCCAUUAACCUGAUGGGUCACACACGCUGGGUCACUUGAGUAUGUUCACUAACAGAAUCACACCCUUCCUCUGAAACCUGUGGGGAAACACACCCCUGAAGAAUUGGAGAGCAAGAGAAGCUUUCUUAGUUUAUUUACUUAUUUUUCAAAGAAAAUGCUCAAAAAAUCUGUGGUGUUUCCACACCUUGAUGAGCUGGGGGUAAACUCUUCUUUGUAUUGUACCUGCCUGCUUUAAGGCAGACUUACUAUUUUUAAAUGGAGACUGCAGCCUUAAAAAACCUGGUGGAUAUGAAAAAGAAAAAUUAGGAAACCAACUUCAGAGUUCCUGCAGCCACCAGUGUUCCUGGAGGAGUGCAUCCUGAGCUCCCUUCACAUAUUUUUCUUGCAGCAAAAAACAAAUACGGGGAAUGA